AUGGUCGUGUCCAAAUUCAUGGGCUGCAUCCUCCUGAGGACCAGGCCUUUGCGGUCUACGUGGGCCGGGUCCUCAGAAGGUCAGGUGGGCAGUAAAGGAGUUGGCAUAGUAGCAAGAUCAAAGGGAGCAGACCUUGCACUCUCACUUGCUACUUUUGUGCCAGGUGUCGAGGCUGCAGUAUGCAUCAACGGCAACAGUGCCAAUAUGGUGGAAAGACUGAAGCGUCAUGGAAAGGAGAACUUUGAGAGUGUGUCUUACCCUGGAGCUGGACACUUGCUGGAGCCACCUUAUGAACCCUUCUGCCCUUCAUCUGCACAUGGAGUUCUUAGCUAUAUAGCCUCAUGGGGAGGUGAACCCAAGGCACACGCAGCAGCUGAGGUCCACCUGUGGAAGAAGAUCCAGGAGUUCUUCAGAACUCACCUGAGUUGUGAUGCUGCACAGACAAAAGCCAAGUUAUAA